AUGAGAUUGAAGGCCACAUUUCUGCUUUUGCUUUUGAUUCUUCCACUUGCCUUAGCAAACCUAAGCGUUAGUUUUUAUAGGAGAAGCUGUCCAAAAGCUGAAUCCAUAGUUCAGGCAGCCGUGCGACGACGUUUGGCUCGCGAUAAAUCCAUCACUGCAGCCUUGCUUCGCAUGCAUUUCCAUGACUGUUUCGUUAGAGGUUGCGACGCAUCAAUUCUUAUAGACUCGACCAGAAAAAGGCCAUCGGAGAAAGAUGCCGGACCGAACUUGACGGUACGAGGAUACGAGCUCAUUGAUGAAGCAAAGAAAGCCCUAGAAGCCACUUGCCCUUCAAGAGUCUCAUGUGCAGAUAUCAUAGCAUUAGCAACCCGAGAUGCCGUAUUUCUGUCUGGAGGACCCUUUUAUGGUGUCCCGACAGGAAGGCGAGACGGCCUCGUCUCAAGCCCUGACGAAGUGAACUUGCCGGGGCCGACAUUGUCUGUUUCGCAGGCUUUCCAAAGUUUCAGGACUAAAAACAUGACCAUGGAUGACAUGGUUACACUCUUGGGAGCACAUACAGUUGGUGUCGCUCAUUGUAGUUUCUUCUUGGAUAGAAUCAUAGGGUCGGAUCCUACAAUGGAUCGUGGCUUGCGUAACAAGCUAAAUGCUAUUUGUGGUGCAGCCAAUGGUUCCAACCCUGACCCUACGGCAUUUCUGGACCAGGGCACACCUUUAACUUUUGAUAAUCAGUUCUUCAAGCAGAUUGGUUUGAGGAGAGGGGUGAUGAAGAUCGAUCAGGAGUUAGCCAAUGAUCGAUUAUCGCGACGUACCGUUUCGGGUUUCGCGGCAAAUCCGACUCUGUUUAGAACGAGGUUUGCUCAGGCUAUGGUGAAGAUGGGAAAUAUCCAGGUUCUUGAAGGAAGAGCUGGUGAAAUUAGAAAAAAUUGCAGAGUUUUUAACCCCAGCCGACGAGUCUGA